AUGACUGGAGUCUGCUCAUAUCUCUUGCACUCCUUUUCUUUCUAUCUAUCUAUCUAUCUAUCUAUCUAUCUAUCUAUCUUUGUUCAUAUAUAUAUAUGUAUGCACCUAUCUAUUUUAAUCGAUUCAUAUCUACCUAUCAACCUAUCUCUCUCUUCCACUAUCUAUCUAUCUAUCUAUCUAUCUAUCUAUCUCAUAUUUAUCUAUCUGUUAAUCUCAGACUUUUCUUUAUCUAUCUCUCUCACUAUUUGCAUCUAUCUAUCUAUUUUUGUUUGCUAUCUAUCUAUCUAUCUUAAUAUCUAUCUAUCUAUUAGUCUGUUUAUAUCUAUCUCAGUUUGUUCAUAUCUAUCUAUCUCAGACUGUUCUCUAUCUCUCAGUUUGUUCAUAUCUAUCUAUCUAUCGAUCUAUCUAUCUAUCUAUCUGUCUCAGACUGUAAUCUAUCUAUCUAUCUAUCUAUCUAUCUAUCUAUCUGUCUCAGACUGUACUCUAUCUAUCUAUCUAUCUAUCUAUCUAUCUAUCUAUCUAUCUAUCUAUCUAUCUAUCUCCGACUGUUCUCUAUCUAUCUAUCUAUCUAUCUAUCUAUCUAUCUAUCUAUCUAUCUCAGACUGUUCUCUAUUUAUCUAUCUAUCUAUCUAUCUAUCUAUCUAUCUAUCUAUCUAUCUAUCUCAGACUGUGCUCUAUCUAUCUAUUCCACCGCACUCUGUGUCAACAGAAGACAAGAUAUGUGACCCCACAAUGUAUCUAGGUGACAGAUUUCCAACACUUGUGAGACCCCAUCCUCCUCCUAAUCCUCUCUCUCUCCUUGCACUUUCCCUCUGCCUUCCCUUCUCUUUAACAUCCUCUCUCUCUCUCUCUCUCUCUCUCUCUCUCUCUCUCUCUCUCUCUCUCUCUCUCUCUCUCUCUCUCUCUCUCUCUCAGUAUGCCAUCUUUUAA